AUGUCAACUCUUCUGUCUUUUAGAGAUAAACGCCUAUCGCCGGCGCCCGCAGGAGCUUCCAUGUACCACCACGAUCCUCUUAUUCACGUGGAACGGCAGUCAAAGCACAUCCAGAGUAACCUCCAGGCCUUGAUUGAUGCGCAGAGCGAGGGCCUUGUUUCUGGCUUGACCCGACCAGAACCAGACAACACUUCGGACGGAAGCUUCACACCUACCUCUUCACGAGCUAGUCAAGCUCGGUCUCCCCCAAUAAACACUGCCAGAAAGUCCCCGGCCAAAAAGAUCGGGCUUCGUACAGCGCGACAGGGUAUUUUUCAGUCCAUAUAUGACCUAUUGAAGCUGCGAGAGGAGGAACGAGAGAUUCUCUCCUCACAAACAGAGGAACGAGACAACGCACUCCAAGAAAUCGAGAAUUUUACCUCACAACGAGAUGGGUUAGAAGAGGCUAUAUCUACCAUUCAUACAGACCGAGAAAACCAGCGCGCUAAAGAACUGCAAGAAGAGGCUCACCACCUCGAGACUGACAUUCGUGAAUUGGAGGCCAGGCUCUAUGAGAUGAAAGCCAAGCACCGACAUCUUGUCAGCGAGAUUUCAAACGUGAAGAACUCGGUUGACGCCAAAUUAUCCACCUAUACUGAGUCCAUGUCCCUUCUCGAGUCCAACAUUCGCAACUACCUUCGCAACCCUCCCGUCCAGCCCCUCUCGCGUACGAGCAACUCUAGCUUCUACUCCUUGAACCCCAAGCGUCGAACCAUCGAGAUAGCCCAAGAAAACUGGAGAUCGGAACAGGAAGAUCUACACAGGAGGCAGCAUGAAGUGGAUGCAGAGAUUCUGGCACUCGAGGAAGGCGGCGGUGUCUGGAAACAAGCCAUGGCUGACAUCUCUGGCUUUGAAAAACGCCUCAGCGCCAAUAUGCGACACUACGUUGAAUUGCAAGAGCAAGCGAACGGUCUAAAUCAUGGGCAGGCUGAGGAUACGACGGAAGAAGUGGCUGCCAAUGUUGCAGGGGAUCUGGAUAAGACCACACGGCGCUUAGAGGCGCAUUUGGAGCACGCAGAGGACAAACACUGGAACCUUCUCGUCUGCUGUAUUGCUGCCGAGUUAGAAGCGCUGCGAGAAGCAAGCAAGAUGCUUCUUCCAGCCUUCGGCUUACCUGUACCCAGCGACGAUGCUCUAUCUGGCCAGUCGCCGUCUUCGGCAGGGCCAGGUCACAAUGAACCUGCGCAAGAAGAUCAGGAUCAGCUUGAAAAUGACAAUCCUGAGCCACCGGCCGAUCUCUUGAAGGAUGGUCAUCACACAGACGCGUCCAGGUCGGAGGACGAUGAGCCUGACCCGGCAUGGCUACUCCCUGGAUCUUGA